AUGGCCGGUUUAGAACAGUCCCUCUUCCAGCUCAAAUUCACAGCCAAGCUGUUGAACAGGCAGGCGUCGAAGGCCGCCAAAGAAGAAUUGCAAGAGAAAACCAAAACGAAAAAGGCGUUGAUGCAAGGCAACAAGGACAUUGCGCAGCUAUACGCCCAGAAUGCCAUAAGAAAAUCCAACGAGCGCGUGAAUUUGUUGAGAUUGGCAUCCCGAAUCGACGCGGUGGCCUCCAGGGUUCAGACCGCGGUCAGCAUGAGGUCGGUCACGGGAAACAUGACGACCGUCAUCAAGGGCAUGGACAAGGCGCUCCAGACCAUGAACUUGGAGAGGAUCUCGGUGGUCAUGGACAAGUUCGAGAAUCAGUUCGAGGAAUUGGACGCACUGACCAACUACUACGAGUCUGCCACCAAUAACGUGAAUGCGCUAACGACGCCACAGGAAGACGUGGACGAGUUGAUGAGCCAAAUUGCCGACGAGGCCGGCAUAGAAAUGAAGCAGGGGUUGAACGAGACGAAGGUGGACAUUGUCAGUCCGCCCUCGGCCGUGAGUGAGGAGAAAGAAGACAGGCUUGCAGAGCGGUUGCGUGCGUUGAGAAAUUGA